GGGCUUCACCAGGGGGGAGGGGCUCCACCAAGGGGGCGGGGCUGCAUCCGGGGGGGGAGGGCCAUGACGUCAUUGUGUUGUGGAGCGGAGGAGCGGAGCUUCAGGAAUGGAGCCUAAGCUGAUAUUUGAGAAGGAAGGGGUUUACCUCCACACCAACGUCAAGAAAAACAAUCAGGACACCUCCCUACCUGGUUUCAUCCGUAUUGUUGAGCGGGGGGGCGAGCCCUCGCUGGAGUGGAGCCCGCUCGAGGAUGCGGGGCGCAGCACACCGGCGGUUUUCUACACCAAGAAGGACGGAGAGGGAGGGGAGGAGGACACCAACUUCGACCCGGGCUACGAGCCGGACUGGGCCGUGAUCAGCAACGUGAAGAGGGCCAGGGAGCCAGUCCCGGUCAGGAACACGGGCGAGUGGUCCUUCUCCCUGCCGCUGUCUGAGCUCUACUCCCUGAGGAGGGCCCGCUUCUCCCUGGGCCGUAACUACCUGGUGAUGACGAGCCGAGGGGGCCACCCGCUGCCGCCGCUUCACUUCCACCGAGGGGGGACCCGGGGCCUUCUGCGGGCCCUGCAGCGCUACAUCGUCCUGGCCCCAUCCCCCAUGGACGGGCGGCUCUUCCUGGCCUACCCCCACGACUCGGGGGCGCUGUCCCAGUCCUUCGAUGAGCUCAACCUGAUGGACGACGGCAGCUCGGACCUCGUCUCGGUACAGCUGCUCCUCCGUCCGUUUGAGGCCAGUUUAAGGGGAACGCAGAGAUUCAUGCAGGACCCGUACGCCACGACCUUCGGGGGCUUCUCCAAGGUCACCAACUUCUUCCGGGGGGCCCUCCGUCCGCCGGACUCCCCCCUCCACACCAUGGGGGCCCCGGGGGCCAACGGGCACACGUCCAUGGAGGAGGAGCCAGGAUUCGAACUCAUCACCUGUGGGGCGGAGCUUGGGCCAAGGCCAGAAGUACUCAGAGGAAACCCGCUGGACAAGUGGGAUGAGUUUCUGGAUCCAGAGGGGCGUGUCCAGAACCCGGAGAAGAUCAAAGAGAUCGUGUUCCGAGGGGGAAUCAUUCCAUCGCUCAGGAAAGAGGCCUGGAAGUUCCUGCUGGGCUUCUACCCCUGGAACAGCACCACCAAGGAGCGGGAAGACAUCCUCAGGACCAAGACGGAUGAGUACUUCAGGAUGAAGGUUCAGUGGAAGUCUGUCAGUGAAGGGCAGGAGAUGAGGAACUCCCUCCUCAAAGGAUACAGAAACCUGAUUGAGCGGGACGUAAACAGAACCGACAGACACAACACGUUCUUCUCCGGGAACGACAACCCCGGGCUCACCCUGCUCCACGACGUGCUGAUGACCUACUGCAUGUACAACUUUGACCUGGGCUACGUCCAGGGGAUGAGCGACCUGCUGGCCCCCCUGCUGUUCGUCACCCAGAACGAGGUGGAGUCCUUCUGGUGUCUGACCGGCUUCAUGGAGCUCGUGCACCACAACUUUGAGGAGUCGCAGGAGGCCAUGAAGCAGCAGCUGCUGCAGCUCAGCCUGCUGCUGAAGGCCCUGGACCCUGAGCUGUGUGACUACCUGGACUCCCAGGACAGCGGCUCCCUGUGCUUCUGUUUCCGAUGGCUCCUCAUCUGGUUCAAGAGGGAGUUCUCCUUCGAGGACAUCCUCCACCUGUGGGAGGUUAUGUGGACCCGCCUCCCCUGUGACAACUUCCACCUCCUAUUGGCCUGUUCCAUCCUGGAGUCCCAGAGAGGAGAGCUGAUUGGCUCACAGCACGAUUUCAAUACCAUUCUCAAGCACAUCAAUGAGCUGACGAUGAAGCUGGACCUUAACACGGUGAUCUGUGGAGCUGAGGCCAUCUAUCUCCAGCUGGCCAUGUGCAAGGUGGGUAGCGGCGCUAGGGAAACACUCUACCUGCUAAAUGGUCCGCAUUUAUACCGCGCUUUUCUAACCAGCGGCCGCUCAAAGCGCUUCACAAUACCGCCCAACCUUCACCCGUUCACGCACACAUCCACACACCGAUGGCGGAGUCGGCCACGCAGGGCGACAGCCAGCUCGUCAGGAGCAGUCAGGGUGAGGGCUCUCGCUCAGGGACACUUCGACCGUCGGCCAGGAGGAGACGGGGAUCGCACUAGCAACCUCCCGGUGACCAGCCAACCCUACCUCCUAAGCCAUAUGCGGCCCUCUGCUUCUGGUUAUUCAACCUUCGUUCAUUCACGCUCGUCUCGUUGAGCCUGAGCGCCGCUUUUCAAAAGAGGCUUGAUGACAAACGCACAAACGGUUCCAGAACUGACGUCUUCAUCUACAAUGAAACGCUCUCUCAUGCCCCGGUUUAUAUAACCUCCUCGGCUAUGUGGGACAGCUCCUUGUUGGGCCUUGUGUAGCCUCUGCCUGCGACUGUUUCUAUUCUGUGAAUCUGAGGAGGACCCGGCGUCUUUUUAAUAAGCAGCUAUCAACAUGAUAAGCAGGCGGAUCAGCGACUGCUGAGUGAUGUAUGGCUGCUGCUGACUGAUCUGGGUCACCUCCGCCCAUGGAGUCUUACCUUCGUCUCA